UGGGGUCAGCUCUCCCUGAGGGUGGCACUCGUGAGCUCUUGCCUGCCUAGCCACGAGACAGGACAUAAUCCAUGGGUGUGGCCUUUCUGCCCUGCUCGGUCCAGCCCUGAUAUCGCUUCUGGAGAGUUCUGUCCUGCUUGGCCUUGCUGAGUCUCACAGGAGCCUCUAAGGCAGCCGGGAAGGCACAGGCCCUAGGAUGGGUCUCACCUCCUGUGCACCAAGAGGAGCAGGAAAAGGGACAGUGCCCUGAAUGGCCCUGAGUUUUCAUAAGCAGGGAGGAGGGGGCUUGGGCAAGAGGAGGUGGCCUCUUUCGCUGGUCGGGCACUGUUCUCUGCUCCUGCUCUCUCCUCUCCAGCAUGCCCUGGGGGACCAUGCCCUCUCUGAGCAGGGGAUGUUUGUGGCAAGUGUGGGUUCUUGUGUGUGUGUUAGAGUGUGGCAGGGCUCUCUGUACAAAGCUGCGUGGAGCGGGGCCUCUUCCGGGCUUGUGAGUGAAGUGCUGGGGGGCACAGAGGAAGGAGUCUGUAAUCCUUAUGGGAGGAAUGCUGGAAGGUUUCUUGGAGGCAGCAGCCUGGGGCCCUGCUUAUGAGGAUGUGGGAUUCUGAGAGCCAGCGAGCUACUGGGCCAUAGGAAAAGGCACCUUCCAGGCCACAGGAUGGCUGUGACCAGAGGCCUGGAGGCUCACAGUUGUGCUGAGGCAGAGGGAAGGGUGUGGACUGAGGCGCGGGCACACUCUGUGCCUAGGCCUUUGGACUUGACCCUGGAGGCUGCAGCAUCAGCCCCCGGGCACCACUCCUCCCUGAGUUCUGGGAGGAGAAUGAAGGACACCAGGCCCAUGUGCAGCACCGGCCCUCACGGCACCUGCCCCAUGCUCCCACCUCGUGUGGGUGCCCACCUCACUGCCCACAUGCCCCUAGGCCCUGCGGGUGAAUGGCCUGGAACAGCUGUGCAAUAACCUUGCCAGCGAGCGCCUGCAGCUCUUCGCCAGGCAGACGCUGCUGGCCCAGGAGGAGGAGGCCUGUCAGCGAGAGUUGCUGCCCUGGGUGCCCGUUCCCCAGCCUGUGAGGGAGACCUGCCUGGACCUCCUCAUAGACCAGCCCCACAGCCUCCUGAGUAUCCUGGAUGCCCAGACAUGGCUGUCCCAGGUGAGCCCCCAGUGGUAAGGACAAGGAAACCUCAUCCCCCUUAUCAGGCCACAGACCACGCCUUCCUCCAGAAGUGCCACUAUCACCAUGGCAGUCACCCCUGCUAUGCCAAGCCCCAGCUGCCCCUUCCUAUCUUCACCGUGAGGCAUUACGCUGGGACCGUCACCUACCAGGUUCACAAGUUUGUGGACAGAAACCGGGAUCAUCUUGACCCUGCCGUGGUGGAAAUGCUUGCUCAGAGCCAGCUCCAGCUGGUGGGCAGCCUGUUCCAGGAAGCAGAGUCCCGGUCCCGGGGUGGGCGAGGCAAACCCACACUGGCGUCUCGCUUCCAGCAUUCUCUGGAGGACCUCCUAGCCCAGCUGGGCAGGAGCCAUGUCUAUUUCAUCCAGUGCCUCAACCCCAACCCGGGAAAGCUUCCGGGUCUCUUUGAUGUAGAACAUGUGGCAGAGCAGCUGCUCCAGGCAGGCAUCCUGGAGGCAGUGUGUACCCGCAGUGCCAACUUCCCUGUGCGUGUGCCCUUCCAGGCUUUCUUGGCCAGGUUCCGGGCCCUGGGGACAGAGGGGCAGGGAGAGUCCUCAGACCGGGAGAGGUGUGGCGCCAUCCUGAGUCAGGUGCUGGGGGCUGAGUCGCCCCUCUGUCACCUGGGAGCCACCCAGGUCCUGCUGCGGGAGUCCGGCUGGCGGCAGCUGGAGUGGCACUGGGCCCGGCGACGCUCCCAGGCCCUGCUUGCCCUGCGCCGCAGCCAGCGCGCCUGCAUCUCUCGCCAGCGCCUCCGCCUCCUCCUCCUGCCGCGGAUGCAGGCGCGCGUGCGAGGGCUCCAGGCCAGGAAGCGGUACCUCCGGCGGCGGGCGGCUCUGGGACAGCUGAACACCAUCCUGCUGGUGGCCCGUCCCUUGCUCUGGAGGUGGCAGAGACGGCAGCUUGGGCGUUGGCGUGGUUGGCACAGCAGGAGGACCUCCGAGAAAGCGCCAGGAAUGGAGCUGGGACGCUUGGAGAUCCCGGCUGAGCUGGCCGUCAUGCUGAAGGCGGCAGAAGGCCGUCAACAUGUUUUGGCUGAUAGCAUCACGGAGUCGAUGCCCCCGGAAGUGCCUGUCCGGCCCAAGCUGACCCUCCCCCCCGACAUUGACCAGUUUCCGUUCUCCAGCUUCAUAUCCAUUAGCUUUCAGGAGCCAUCCCUGCCCCACCCUGGGCAGCCACUGACCAAGCCCCUGACCCGGCUGGUCGGGGAGAACCCUCAGCAUGCCCUGGAUAUCAACAAGGUGCUGCUGCGGCUCCUGGGGGACGGGUCCCUGCCCUCCUGGCAGGAGCAGACCAUGGGCGAAUACCUGGUGCGACAGGGGCAGCGCCGACCAGGGCUGCGGGACGAGAUCUUCAGCCAGCUCGUGGCCCAGAUCUGGCACAACCCGGACGAGCAGCAGAGCCAGCGCAGCUGGGCCCUCAUGGCCAUGCUGCUCAGCGCCUUUCCCCCAAUGCCCACCCUGCAGAAGCCGCUGCUCAAGUUUGUGUCCGACCAGGCCCCCACAGGCAUGGCAGCACUGUGCCAGCACAAGCUCCUGGGGGCCCUGGAGCAGACGCGGCUGGCCCCCGGGAUGGCACGCGCCCACCCGCCCACCCAGCUCGAGUGGACAGCGGGACGGCGGCGGGGCCGCAUGGCACUGGACGUCUUUACGUUCAAUGAGGAGUGCUACUCAGCCGAGGUGGAGUCCUGGACCACGGGAGAGCGGUUCGCUGGGUCUAUUCUGCAGAGCAGAGGCCUGGAGGUGCCCCCCCGUGGCUGGUCUGUGUCACUGCACUCCAGGGAUUCCUGGCAGGAUUUGGCUGGCUGUGACUUCGUGCUGGACCUCAUCGGCCAGACUGAGGACCCGGGGGACCCCGUCAGUCCUCGCAGCUACCCCAUUGCCCCCCGUGGCUUACCUGAGGACAUCCCCCCCGCCCCUGGCAUCCAGGCCCCCUCACUGCCCCCAGAUCCACCUCCGGGUCCGCCCCCAACACUGUCCAGCAGGAGCCACACAGCCGAGUCUCAGGUCUCAGGGAGUCUGGACGGCUUCCUGGACCACCUCUUCGAGCCGGUCCUCUCCCCAGGCCGCAGCGAUCUGGAGCAAGGCUGGGCUCUGAGCAGCCGCAUGAAGGGAGGGGGCGCCAUUGGGCCCAUGCAGCAAGGCAGCUACCCCAUGGUUUACCCAGGGAUGAUGCAGAUGCCCGGAUACCAGCCGGCCAUGAUGCCUGCAGCCAUGCCCAUGAUGCCGGCGGUGGGCGCAGUCCCUGCCAUGCCAGCCAUGGUGGUGCCGCAGCAGCCGCAGCCGCAGCCCCUGCUUCCCAGUGUGGACCCGAGGCAGCUGGCGGCCCAGCAGCAGAACUUCAUCAACCAGCAGGCGCUGAUCCUGGCCCAGCAGAUGACCACCCAGGCCAUGACCCUGUCGCUGGAGCAGCAGACGCAUCAGCGUCAGCGUCAGGCAGAGGCCCAGACCCGUGGAGCUGCUGCCCCGACCUCACCUCCAGCCGUCACCCCCAAGCCCAAGAAGCCCCUGGCUCCACGGGAGGAGCCAGAAUCGGUGGGUGCUUGCCUGAGGGAGAUCUCCCAGGAGCCCCGAGACAAGCCCCGGAGGCCCAAGAGCUUCCAGCAGAAACAGGACUUUUUCCAGAAACUGGGGCAGCAGCAGAUCAAGGUGAAGACAGUGAAGCCGCCGGCCAAGAUACAGAUCCCCCAGGAGGAGGAGCAGGACGAGGAACAGGACGAGGAAGAGCCCAGAGCAGUGCCAUCCCCUCCUCCUCCUCCCAUAGUGAAGAAGCCACUGGCACGAGGCGGGGCCAAAGCCGCACGAGAGGCUGAGGCUGAGCCGGCCCAGGAGGCGGGGCCUGGUGGUGAUCCGGAGCCCGCGCAGGACAGAGACCUGGUCCGCAGCUCGGACCCCGCGCCCCGACGGCGGGCAGAGCCCAGCAGGGAGAUCCGCAACAUCAUCCGCAUGUACCAGAGCCGCCCGGGCCCUGUUCCUGUGCCAGUGCAGCCAUCCAGGAGGCCCCCAACGUCUUUCAUGAAGAAAAACAAUCCCAAGGAUGAGGCUCUGGCUAAGUUGGGGAUCAGUGGUGCCCACACAUCCACAUCGGUGCUGUCCCCCAGCCCAAAGAAGGGCCCCCCGCCACCUGUGGCCCCUCGACCCAAGGUCCCAACACAGCUUGGGCCCUCCGACUCCAUCCAAGAGGACCAGGGUCUGUUUGGCCAGACUCCGCCCACUGCCCAUGCACCCCCACCUCCUCCACCGCCCCCACUGCCUGGGGAACCAGGGACCCUUUCAGCAGAGCCCCAUGGCUUGAUGGAGCCCAUGGGGGACCAGGGGGUCUCCACCCAGCUGCUCGUGCCCUCUGGCAGCGUGUGUUUCUCCUACAUCGGUGCGCCCUGGAGGCUGUUCCUACGCAAGGAGGUGUUCUACCCCCGGGAAAACUUCAGCCAUCCCUACUGCCUCCGGCUCCUCUGUGAGCAGAUCCUGAGGGACACCUUUGCCGAGUCCUGCAUCCGGAUCUCCCAGGAUGAGCGGCACAAAAUGAGAGAGCUACUGGGAGACCUGGAGGUGGGCCUAGAUUCGCUCAGUACCACCGAGGACAACGUCAAGAAGCGUAUCGUGGUGGCCGCUCGGGACAACUGGGCCAAUUAUUUCUCCCGAAUCUUCCCUGUCUCGGGUGAAAGUAGCAAUGACGUGCAGCUGCUGGGCGUGUCCCACCGGGGGCUGAGGCUGCUCAAGGUGACCCAAGGCCCCAGCGUCCACCUCAACCAGCUGAAGACUCUCUGCUCAUACAGCUUUGCUGAGGUGCUGGGCGUGGAGUGCCUGGGCAGCUCCACUCUGGAGCUGUCACUAAAGGCUGAGCAGCUGGUGUUGCACACGGCCCGGGCAGGUGCCAUCAAGGCCACGAUUGAGCUGUUCCUGAGUGAGCUCAAGAAGGACUCUGGCUAUGUCAUCGCCCUGCGAAGCUACAUCACCGAUGACCACAGCCUCCUCAGCUUCCACCGUGGGGACCUCAUCAAGCUGCUGCCAGUGGCCGCUCUGGAGCCCGGUUGGCAGUUCGGCUCCACCGGGGGCCGUUCUGGACUCUUUCCCACCAACAUGGUUCAGCCAGCUGCUGCUCCAGACUUUUCCUUUUCGCCAGAGAGGAGUGGCCGGCACAUGAGUCAGCUGCAGCACGGAGAGCCAGGGCUGGCUCGGUGGGAGAGGGCCACGGAGCGCCAUGCCCACCCCCGGAGCCGGACACACAGUGACAACUCUGAGGCCACCAGCUCGACCCACUCUGCGGCCUGCCUCUCUCUGUCCACGGAAUCCCACAACUACACCAUGCAGGAAUUUGCCCUGAACCACUUCCGUAAGCCUCAGACCUUGCUGCACCAGACACAUGGAGAUGCUAAGAAGGCCAUGGCCAGCCUGGUGCAGUACACCAAGGCUCCCAUACAAGAAUCGCUCAUCAGCCUCAGUGAUGAGGAUGCCAACAGGCAGGCUGUGGAAAGCUUCCAGGUUCUGAUGCAGUUCAUGCAGGACCAGCCCAAGCCCCGGGGCAAGAAUGAGUCGGAGCUCCUUUACGAGCUGCUGAGGCUGUGUCGGGAGGAGAACCUCAGGGAUGAGAUUUACUGCCAAGUCAUCAAACAGGUCACAGGACACCCUCAGCGGGAACACUGUGCUCGUGGCUGGAGCUUCCUCAGCCUCCUCGCAGGCUUCUUCCCCCCGUCAACCACGCUGAUGCCCUAUGUGACCAAGUUUCUGCAGGAGUCAGGCCCAAGCCAAGAGCUGGCCCAGAAAAGCCAGGAGCACCUCCAGCACACGGUCAAAUAUGGGGGGCGCCGGCGGCUGCCCUCUCCGGGUGAAAUUCAGGCUUUCCUGAAAGGGCAAGCAGUCCGCCCGCUUCUCAUUCACUUGCCAGGGGGUCUGGAUUACAAAACCAGUAUCCAGACUUUCACGGUGGCAGCAGAAGUGCUGGAGGAGCUGUGCCGGCAGAUGGGCAUCACUGACCCCCAGGAAAUGCAGGAAUUCGCCCUCUUCCUCAUCAAAAAGGAAGGCGAGCUGGUGAGGCCCCUGUGGCCCCACGAGUACCUCAACAGCGUGUUGGAUCAGGACGUGAGCCUACACAGCUGGCGGCUCAGCUGGGAGACCCAGCUGCACUUCGAUCACCCCACCUACAUCACCAGCCACUACAAGCAGGUGCUGCGGGACUAUCUCCAGGGGAAGCUGUUGGUCAGUCCCCAGGCAAACACUCAACUGGCCAGGCUGGCCGCCCUGCAGCACCGCAGCCAGACCCAAGAGGACCGGCUGUCAGAGCAAGACCUGUUGGCUUACUUGCCAAAGCCGCUGCAACGGCAAGUGAGCAUGUCAACCAUAAAGAACCUGAUGGAACAGGAGCUGAGGUGGAUGCAAGCAUGCAGCUCCCAAGAAGCACAGAUCAGCUUCAUUGAGGCUGUGAGCCAGCUGCCCUUCUUUGGCUACACCGUCUAUGUGGUGUUGCGGGUCAGUCAACUGGCCCUGCCCGGACCCAGCCUCCUGGGACUCAACCGCCAGCACCUCAUCCUCAUGGACCCCAGCUCCCAGAAACUGUACUGCUCCAUCGCCCUGAAGGACCUGCAGAGACUCCACCUGCUGAGCCCCCUGGAGAGCGAUGGGCCCCCUGGCCUGGAACUCAACUACGGCUCUGCCGACAACCCCCAGACCAUCUGGUUUGAGCUGGUGAAGGCCCAGGAGCUGAAACACACCAUCGCCUUCCUGAAGGACAGCGGCACUGCUUCCAACUAACGGCUGGCCUCACCCAAGAAGGUGGGGAGAGGGGAGGAGACGAGGAAGGGGCCCCUCCCACAUCCAAGUCUGACUGGGAAGGUCUCCCUUGGGUGCCAUCAGGCCAUUUUGGUUUGGACUCCACCCCCCCACCCCCGGCUGUUCUGGAACCUCCCGCAGCACGGAGCUCCUGGCCCACGUGGAGGCCAUGAGGCAGGAGCUACUAUGGUGACAUCAACUGGGAAAGAGAGUAGCAAGACUCCCCCCUGGGGGUUCCCGGAGUGGGGGCUGCAGGAACUCGCUUGGGCAGCUGAUGCUGCCUACCCUGGGGGAGAUGCCCGUAUGGCGCCAGGCCCUGGCUCAACACCAGAACGAUCCCAGGCCUGGGAGAAGCAAAUGCUGAGGAAAUAAAACUCCCAAGAGAAAAA